AAAAAAAGGGUUUCCUUUUGACCGCUCUUUGGACCUAAAGGAAUCUGGAUGCGGGGACGAAGGGCAUAUCGCUGUGUUGGCGAUAUUGGCGUACUGUAGUCGCUUUUAUUUUCUCCCCCCAAUUUUCCAAAGCGAUAGGCCAGGGUUUUCCGAAAGCGAGUGGAAAGAUCUUCGUGCAGUACGGUAGCUAGUUUGCAGACAUGGACACUUCUGGGAAAGUUAUCAAAUGUAGAGCAGCUGUGGCUUGGGAAGUCGGCAAACCGCUUUCUAUUGAAGAGGUAGAAGUGGCUCCACCAAGGUCUCAUGAAGUUCGUGUUAAGAUAAUAGCCACCGGAAUAUGUGGGACAGAUUACCAUGUUCUGGAAGGUUCUUUCCCCAAAGUAGAGUAUCCUGUAAUUCCUGGCCACGAAGGAGCUGGAAUAGUAGAGAGUAUUGGGCCAGGAGUGACAUGUGUGAAACCAGGAGACAAAGUGAUUCCCCUUUGUCUGCCCCAGUGUGGAGAAUGCAACUCCUGUUUAAAAUCAAACACCAACUGUUGCCUGAAAACCCACAUUUCUGAACCCCAAAAUCUGAUGCCUGACAAGACUAGUAGAUUUAGCUGCAAAGGGAAACAAGUUCAUCACUUCUUGUGGAUUAGCACUUUUUCUGAAUAUACAGUCAUGCCUGACUCUACCGUAGUUAAAAUUGAUGAUGCUGCACCUCUGGAUAAAGUCUGCCUUUUUGGCUGUGGAUUCUCUACUGGUUAUGGGGCUGCCCUUAAUACAGCUCAGGUUACACCUGGAUCCACCUGUGCUGUUUUUGGUUUGGGAGGAGUUGGUCUCUCUGUGGUCAUGGGAUGCAAAACAGCUGGAGCAUCUCGUAUCAUUGGGAUUGACAUUAAUAGUGACAAAUUUGAAAAGGCAAAAGAACUGGGAGCUACGGAAUGUAUCAACCCUCAAGAUUACAAGAAACCCAUUCAAGAAGUAAUUCUGGAAAUGACUGGACAUGGUGUAGAUUAUGCCUUUGAGGUUGUUGGAUGUUUGGAGACACUGACAGCUGCUUUGGCCUCUUGUCACAUGGGCUGUGGGACCUGUGUGAUGAUUGGUCUGCCCCCCUCAGAUGCAAAAUUCUCCUUGGAUCCUAUCCUGCUUAUUACAGGGCGCACUCUAAAAGGGAGUUUCAUUGGAGGCUGGAAGAUGAAAGAUUCAAUUCCUCAAUUAGUCUCCAGUUACAUAGAAGGAAAAUUUAAACCAGAUGUUCUGAUCAGCCACAUUUUACCAUUCAGUGAUAUUGGGAAAGGAUUUGACUUGCUUCGUGCUGGAAAGAGAAGCUGACCAAGGCAGUUUCACUUUUAUACAUGCUGGCAGAAUUUAUAACGAGGGACUACCAAAUGAUAUAAGUAAGUGAAAUUACUUUGCAAGUUUUUUGCCUUUUGCUGGGCUUUCUGUUUUUGGUUUUCUUCUAAUAUUGAAGCAAUUGGUAAGCGGUUGAAGCAAAUAUCUAUGAGGAAAUAACGUUCAAGAGAUUACUCAGAUCUGCAUGCAACUUUUGUUAUUGAAUUUCCAGAUUCCUCCAUUCUUUGGUGAGUUGCCUCAAUAAAUCUACACUACACUCACACUGGGUGCCAUUUCUUCAUGUCCCACAACUACUGGAUUAGAUAGUUUUCUACAGCACUUGACUUCUUAUGAAUGGCAAAUGCUGCUGUCCUGGCAACAUUGCCACAAACAAGUGCAUCUGCACUGCCUGCCUCUCCCAUAUUCCAAGAUUAAGAAUAUCUGUCAGCAGGAUUUGAAAAUAGGAAAUCAGCCACAAGCAUGAAUUUAAAAAUACUUGUGUUUUGAUCAUUUUUCUUUACAAAGGAUAUGGAAAGUGAAGCCUGUGUUUUAUUUUUCAGCAUUCGUACUGUCUUGAAGUUUUAAGUGGCUCAACUUGCUGAAUCUGUCUGGAAGUCUUUAAUGUGGAACCACGAAGAAUAUUCUUUUCCUUGGCCCUGUGUUUGUUCUGAAAAUACUGGAAAAAGACAUUCGUGUUUUGUUUCUCUGGGUGCUUAUAUUUAGGUCGUAGCAUGAUUUAUAAGAUGGAAUGUUGAUAUUACUUGGCUCCAGAUGCAAAAAAUUCUGUCGUGGUCUUAGUUUUAACUAUCACAGAAAGAGCAUAAUCCAAUUUUUAAGUCUCUGAAGUGGGAAAGAAAUCAGUCAUAUCUACAUAAAAUGUAGGAACUCAUGUUUUCAUGGCUUAGCCUCAGGUUAGAAUGUGACAUGAUUCACUAAUUGAAUUAUGCCAGAAGGGCUCCUGAUUAGUGAAGAGAAAUUAGCACCAAUCACUCCUGACUGCUUUAUCCAUACAAUUCUGUUUCCAUGGCAUUCAUUCUAUAUCAACAAAGCAAUCCCUUGUUGCCAAAAGCAGCUGCUCUCCUCUGGCAGUUCAAAACAACUUCCUUUCAUUUUCUCUGCAUUGCAAUUCUCUUGUUUUACCAAUAAAGGAGAAUAUUUGUAGCUCAGGGUUGAAAUGAGGGGUCCAUGUGCUCUCUGAGCAUGGUGCCUGAUGAUGUUAUCUAGUUUGGGUAAUGAAACAGAGCACUAAAGAUCCAGUUAUCUUGUUUAGCCAGAGAUCAAGGGGGGGGGGGGCUUGAAUUUUAACUUUCCCUGGUUUUAGUCCAACACCUCAAUCAUUGCACUUACCAUUAAACAGCCUGGGUGCCUCUGCCAUAUAAUCUUAUAUCAAAAGAUGUGAGACUUACUUUUGCUUUGUCUCCUGUUCAUGCUUCCUUAUCAUCCAUAGGUUAUUGCGCUGAAUGGAACUGUUCCAUGCCAAUUCUGAGUUUAGAGUCAGUGGAACUAGAUACCAAAGCAUCUAUCAGCAGCUCCAGUAAUUGUUUUAUAUGUGCUUAAUUGUAUCAUACAAACCUAAUCAAAAGAAAAAUACAAUACAAUAGCAUCAGUGGAUCAACACUGCUUCCAAAUGUAUAAGCUUAGCAAUUUUUUUAAAAAGGGGGGCCUGGAAAAGCAUUAUAAAUGGAACAAAUGCCAGCUGGUUAAUAUUUGUGCCAGUCACUCUCUCUCUCAGGUAAUAUUUGGGCCAGUCACUCUCUCUCAGCCCAACUCAUCUCACAGGGUUUUUGUUAUGGGGAACAUAGGUAGAAGAAUGAGCAUUAGAUAUGUUCGCCACUUGAAUUUGUUUAUAAAAAGAGUAACAACGGGAUAUAAAUUAAAUAGAUAAAUAAAUGCAACAUUUGACUAUAUUAAAGUUUUCUUCCUUGACUUUUGGUUGCAAAAAGUUAAUUUAAAUUUGGCAAUACCUAGCAGUAAGUGCAAUCCUUUGUCAUAAAUUGUGUCCAUAUUUUCCAUUGCAGUAGAUAUCAUCCAUUUCCCUGGUGGCGCAGUGGUUAGAAUGCAUUAUUGCAGGCUAACUCGGCCCAGUGCCAGGAGUUUGAUUCUGACCAGUUCAAGGUUGACUUAGCCUUCCAUCCUUCUGAGGUUGGUAAAAUGAGGACCCAGAUUGUUGGAGGCAAUAUACUGAUGAUGUAAACUGCUCAGAGAGUAGAGCACUGUAAAGCACUGUGAAGUGGUGUGUGUCUGUGCUAUUGUUAUUUUCCCUCCAAAUCUAUCAAAUAAAUUUUAAGUACUGAAGAUCUGCAUCUAUAAUGUAAAGCAAUAGAUCUCAAAGUCAUUCUGAUAUCAACCCGAAAACCAGCAAUUGUGGACAAGACCAAACCAUGCUGUUACAGUCUCAGUAGCAUAAAUCAGCCUUCCCCAUAUCAAGUGCCUUUCAGAUGUGUGGGCUUCAAAUUCCAGAUUACCAGUUGGAGAUUAUGCAAAUUGAAGUCCAACAUUUGCAGAGCACCCAGUUUGGAAAAGCUUGAUCAAACUGGACAUUAAGAGCGGUUUGCCAAUGGUAUUCCCUUAUAAUUAACUUUUAAUGUUAUAUUUUAACUAUUCUUGUCCUUUUUUAAAUUUUUACAUUUGGUUAUCCUGUUUUAACAUUUUAUAUGUUAAUAUUUUAUUUGAACAUCAUCCAGGGUCCCUCUGAGAGGUAAAUGGGUGAUUUCUAUAAUAAAUGAAUGAAUGAAUAAAAUCCCUUUCUGGGCUCCAGAAUUAAGAUAGAAUAUGACAUUUAUGAUAAAUUGCUGGCUAAAACUUCAGAGGCUACUGAAAGUUACUGAAAGCUUAAUUUGGGUAAUAGUUUGGAGUAGACAAGAGAUCAAAAGAUUUUACCUUAUUUUGAAAAGAGAAAAGAUGAAAAAAAAUCCUUUUCAAAUGAUACAAGCCAUUUUGUUUGGCCUUAUAUGAAGUGAAAUCAUUUAUGUUGUGUGGGCUUUUGUUGAUGACAGAACAAAAAUAGGAUUUUUAUAUUGUCUUUUGAUCACCCAGUUAGAUAUUGGAAGCCUUGAACAAACAAGCAAAUCUGGGGACUCAUGCUAAAGGAAAAAGAAUGAUUUGAGUGUCAAAGGCAAUUCUAAAAACACUUUCAUUUAAGUAGAAUUUGAUGCUGUUUUGCGUUAUGCACCGCUAGUAAAAAAAAUAUGCUGAUUUGAGAAGAAAAUGUUUUACAAAAAAAUGACAUGACCAUUUUUCACACUUAACAACCAUUGCACUGCGCACAGAGAAUCAUCUCUUCUACCCACCCAUCCCCUCUCCCCCCCCCCGCCAUGAGUCCUCAAAGCCGGAAAAGUUGGGGACCGCUGAUUUAAACAACCAGCCUCUAUAUCUUUCCCAUAAUCAGGGAAAAGACCUGCCUCUUUCAUGCAAAUAUUGUAAGAAAGAGAACCAGAAUAUUGAUCAUAAUGUACACAAAUACACAUUAAUGUUAAAGUGAAAAUAUUUUACUUGCUGCAAUUCUUGUACACCCUUUACAUCUCAAUAAAAUUUGCUAUAAUUGUGGCUGAGAGAGAAAAAGACAAAAUGCCAGUAUUUUAUAGCAGGAGGUGUGUGUUUUUGUAAAAUACUGUUCAUGAUUUCUGUAAUGUCCUUGAUUCAUGUCUCAGUGAUUUAUUGAAAUCAGACAAGAAUUCAAUUUAUGCAUGAUAUUAGAUCAUGUUUAUUGGGUUGCCGAACAAGUCACAAUUAGGUAAUUUACAGUAUAUGCCAUGCUGAGCAAUAAACCAUUUUAUUUAUUUAUCA